UUGGAAAGCUCCAACCAAAACUUAAACGAAAACUUGUCUCUUAUAACUUUGGCUUAUACCAUGGUUUAAGACUUUCGAACUCGGAACCAAACACAAUAACUCACGCUCAAAAUUAGUUUAUAUUGAUACUUGCUACUUACAAAUGAAACUUAAAACCGUUUACAAAACACAAUUCUGACUUCUGGGUGUAAAUAUAAUGCAAUGCAGUCAAUUUUUUCUUUUUUAAUACAACCAUCGAUCCUUCAAAGGAAUGAAAAGGGAAAAAAACUUGCUUAAUUGACCGAAACUUAUAUUAUUGGACCUCAUGAAAUCACAAAUCAUAAGUAGUUCCCUUGCCCUUCUUGAGUUCAUUAUUCAACUAAAAAUAUCCGAAAGUACCUUCUAAAGUUCUUGCCGUCUAGUUAAAAAAACAAGGGGACGGGCUAGCUGUUAGCACCAUUUGUAUAGCCCUCCUUGUUUCUUUUCAUAAGUUACAUACCUUAGUGGUAAUAUCACACUUUACUCUCUAUAGUGCAUGUAGAAGUGGAAGGGCCAUGUCAAGUGUUGAAGCCUAUUAUGAGAACGGGAAACAAUUGAAGGAUGGAAAAGGAAAGAGGAAAAUAUGCAAUUUGAGUGGGCAUAACAGAGAUAAAUUCCAGGAGAGAUUGGAUUUCAAAUUCUAUGAUUUCCAAGCUCUGGAGAUAGAAAAAGGGUGGAACAAUCUUUUUGUUUCCAUUAUUAGUAUAGAAACAGGGGAAACCAUAGCUAAGUCUGGCAAAGCAGCAGUACAAAAUGGAGAGUGUCAUUGGGAAGACUCCAUGCUAAGUACUAUAUGGAUUUCUGAUGAUUCUCUACAAGAUAAUGAAGGCUUCCUCCUUAAGCUUGUUGUUGCCAUGGGAUCUGCCAGGUUUGGGACCCUUGGGGAGGCUACCAUUAAUUUAGCAAGUUACAUUAGACCAGAAACUUCUACUGCAUCAUUGCCUUUGAGACAACAUUGUUCCCAUGGGACAAUUUUACAAGUUAAAAUACAGUGCUUGACCCCAAGAAGCAAAUACAGGAAGGAUGCAAAUUCAUAUGUGGACGAAAUGAGUGUUUGCUCUGAUGAUGUGGACAGCAUAUCCGAUGUAUCUGACAAUACAUUCAGCAGGACUAGUGGAUCUUCACAUUGGGACCAUUUAGAAAAUAUAUAUUAUCGAAGAGAACUUAGCAGUAAGAGAAUAAGUCCACUUGCAACAUGUUCAGAUCACGAAAUUGAGAGUUCCUUGUCCUUUUGGAUUGGGAUGUCUCCCCAACAAAGUAAUGUCAGUGGAUUGAAGAAGAAUAUGAAUGAGAGACAAGAUUCAACUUACUCUAAAAAUGGCCCCUAUCCACUCUAUGAUACCUCCAGAUCAACAUAUUCAUCCCCAGUAAGGUCGAUUUCUGGGACACGGAUGCAAGGUAAAAUGGAAGAGCUUGGGAAAGUUUCAAAUGCCAGUGAGACAAAGUUGACAAGGAGUGUUAGUUCAUCUAAAGAUCUCUUGGGUGUAGCACAAGUAACCAUUGAUUUACUUCAUGGUGAAGCAAAGAUGUGGGAAGAAAAUGCUAGAAAGCUGAUGGUUGAUGUGGAGAGACUGCGGAAGCAUUUAAGCAAGAAGUCAAAGAAUAAAAAAGAACUUGAAAUGGAGUUGUCAGCAUCACACAAAGAGAGCGAUGCACUGAAGGAAGAAAUUCAGCGGCUAACCUCAAUGGUGAAACAAAAUGACAGCAGAAAUCUUAAGUUCCAGAUAGAAGAGAUGGAUAAUACAAUAAGGGAGUUGCAAGAUGAGGUCAAGUAUCAGAGAGGACUUAAUCGUGACUUGGAGUUGAAGCUAACGAAACAACAGGAAUCAAAGAUUGAUCUUGUUUCCAUUCUCCAGAAACUACAGAAGAUAAAUGAAAAGCAGAAAAUGGAGAUGGCUGAUCUAUCAAUGAAUAGCUUGCGGUUUCAAGAUGCUGAAAUUAAUAGCCGUGUGCUUGAAGACAGCGAGGAAGAGGAUUUUAGUUUGAGCAAGGAAGUCCUACCAGAGAAAAUGAGAAAGGAGUUUUGUCAUUCAGAUGCUGAUCUUGGUACUUAUGAAAAUGCAAUAAGAUGCCUGCAUGAAGGGAUUGAACUACAGGAAUUCCGGAACUGGGAGCUUGAGCACCAACUUAUGCAGGAGAAACAAAAAAAUAUGGAAAGUACUAUCCAGUUUCUGAAGAAAACUCUGGAAGAGAAAGAUCAAGAGAUGCAAACAGCAAGAUGUUUUGUGGCUCAAACAUUAGAAGAAAAUGAGGCAAAAUGGAGGAAUAGGCAGUUUGAGAAAGGGAAACAAAUCACCAACUUUGAAAACAAGUUAUCCGAUGGUGUUUAUGCUUUUGGCAAUGAAAUCUUAGCUUUAACACAAAGGGUGCAAGAUCUUGAAGCUGAAUUUUGUGAGAAGCAUAGAGAGUCCAGAAAGGAUCUGAUCAUUUCUGGUUCCUUUUCUUCUAAUUUUCCUCUGUUUGACUCUGAUACUAAUAUCAACAUCACUGAAGUGUUCCUUGAGUUAUAUAAGCAGCUUAAGCUUUCAGUAGAGAAUCUGAGGGGUCAAGAUCCUCUUUUGGGUCAAAUGACAUUAAACCAAAAUGAGAGUUGUUUCAGUGUAUCAGAGCUCUCAAAAGAUGCAGGUAAAAUAGAUUUGAAGGAAUUGACUGAGGCAAUCCUGUGUAACAUUAUCAUCUUGAAGAAGUCACUUGAAACAAAAGCUACUUCCUUUGAGUAUGACAUUAAUUCUCAAGAUGAGUUGGACGGGAGAAGAAUCAGAGUUGAUAAUGCAUUUCAGAAUGAAGUAAGAGAUUGCAGUCUAAAGGAAAAUAUAUUCUGCAUUUCCAGUCAGGAAUUGAAAAAUGUAAAUGCAAAAUUUGUAUCUGAUUUUCCGCCACCAACUAAAAAUCAACAACAGGUUGAAUCUGAAGAGACCAACAAGCUGAAAUCUGACAAUAUGAUAGGGAAGGAGAAAUCCUGUCCAAGGUAUUCCAAGCUAGAACUGGAAACUGAAGCUGCUUAUCUGCAAUCCAAAAUUUCUUCAAAUUGUUCAAUUGAUUUUCCAAAUGACAUGAAGUUUCAUGAUUUGACAGAGGAUUCCCAGACUCUAAUGAGCAAAGAUGUUGUGAGGAAUUUAUCAUUUGAAAGUUCUGAUGAUGAAGACAAUGCUUUGUUUGGACUAAAAGCAGAAAAUGUACAGUUGUAUGAAAGAAUGCUUGGCUUAGAAGCUGAAAUGAGGCAAUUGAUUGAAGAAAAGGAGUCAACUCAUUUAGCACGGGAGAAUUAUGAAAAUGUUGUAAAAAAUCUCCAGGCUGAGAUCAGGAGAAUGGAAGCAUUAAACGAGGCACAAAAGGUUGAGUUGAAAAGAAAGGAGGAGAGCAUGCAGAAAAAAUGGAUAGAGGUUCAAGAAGAGUGCAGCUUUCUGAGAGUAGCCAACUUGGAAUUACAAGCUACAAAUGGAAAUUUGAUUGAAGAAUCUAAAACUUUUCAAACAACAAAUGAUGAGUUAAGAAUGCAAAACUUGGAGUUGCAUUGCCAAUGUACAGUAUUGGAUUCUAAACUGGGGGAAUCACAAAUUGUAUUUUCUGGUAUGUUGAAACUAGUUGAAGAAUUGGAAUGCAAAUUUACUUCAAUGCUGGAAGAUAUUGCUUUGAAAGAAAAAACCAUAGAUGUAGACCUAGAUGCCCUUCUUGAGGAAAGCAGAAAGCUAGAUGAAAGGUUCACUAUGGAAGAGAAUUUUUUAACACACAUGUAUUUGGAAAAAACAGCUGAAGCAGGUAACUUGCAGAAGGAGGUUGAACAUCUAAGAGAUCAGAUAUCUGGCAUCUGCGAUAGACACAAGAGGAUGGCUUCUAAUAUUGUACUUGAGGUCUAUGACUUAUGUGCUGAUAAAGCCAUGCUUGAAUCUGCUCUUCAAGAAGAACAGGAGAAAGCAAGGCUAUACGACACCGAGCUUGAUAAUCUUGGAGCAGAAUACGAAGUCAUGGUGCAAAAUUAUGCUGAAGAGCUAGCUGCUUCCAGGGCAAACCAAGAAACUCUGAUGGUUAAUCAUGAAAAAGUAGUUGUUUUGUUGGAAAACGUCAAAUUAAAUGACGAGAAAUUGAAGGGCAGAGUUAGAGGGCUCGAGGCAGAACUGAAAGCCUCUGAACUUGAGAGGCUAAAAGCAACAGAAGAAAUUUCUGAGCUAGAAGUCCAACUUCAGAAAACAGAAAUGCUUCAAGAUGAAAUCUUUAUCCUCAAGAGAUCACUGUAUGAAGCAGAAUUUGAAUUCAGAAGACUGGAAGCUUCAUAUCAGAUGCUAUCCUUAGAGUGUGAUGAGCUGAAAGCUAAGAAUGUAUCUUACAAUCGAAGAAUCUCAACAACUGAGAAAGUUACGUCAGAGCUGGAGGACUGCAAGCGUAGUAAAAUUGAGCUUGAGGAAAAAAAUUUACGGCUGCAAUGGAAUCUAACCAUAAAAGAAGCUUCUUGUCACAAUAAUGCUCAGUUAAAGUAUGAAGUUGCACAAAUGACGAGAGAAAAUGGCGAGCUACACAGGGAGAAAGAUUCUCUUCAACAAGAGAAUGAAGAGUACAAGAACAAGGUUAAAGAUCUUGAAGAAAAGCUGAAACAAAAGAAAGAUGUAAAGCAAGAUCAAUAUGAUGGGAAAGAUUGUAGUACUUCUACCACUGCACUGCAUGAUUUGAAGUUCUUACAGAAAGAGGAUAAUUGAAGAAGCAGCACCAAAUCCAGUGAAAGGACAUUGUUGCCGCAUCUCUUCCAAUGUUACACAUAACAAGAACGACAUCCCAAGCUGGUUCAAUCACUUUUCACUCUAAAACCACUCUCGUUGCUCGUUGUUUUCUGUACAAGACUACAAAGUCCUUGAAAUGUCGCUGAUUUUAACUUUUCUUAAUUUUGAAGACUAUGAUUCUAGAGAUUUUCAAGUCAAAGAUCCUUGUUUUGAGGUCUAUGAAACUCCCCUGUGGUAGUUUUUUUCAAAAUUGCAGAGAGAUUGGUAUAUGAACUGGUCCAAUCCCUUUAAGAUUCAACUCAUGAAGCCCAUGUUUUAAAAAACAAAUCCAGCCCGCAAAAUAAAUGGACAUUUUUAAGUCUGUAUCUGAUCUUCCAAACAUGCAGAUAAACAGACUGGUCAGCGGACUCCAAUAAUUAAGGUGUGUAUACAAGUUCAGAUUCACAGAGACUUUACAUAUAACAGACCUUUUUUUUUAAGAUUUACGUAGUUGCAUUGAGUUUUCCAGUCUGAUCUACAAAAUCCGAAACUAUCCCUGCAUUAUCUUGUUAAAAAUU